AUGUCGCACGCUCUGUCUCCCACAAACCGCAACUCCAUAUUUGGAUGGGUAAAGAACCUCAAGCGUGGCAGUCUCAUGUCUUCGGACUCUGUGAACGACGUCCAAGAUCCCCUUUCUGACCCCGAUGACCCUUCCCAACAACAAGAAUUUUUGCGCCCGCUCCUCCAGCACAAGUCUCGGUCCACCAAUAACGUCAAUCGAGCCCGAUCCAACUCGAAUAACCAGUCCGAACGCAGCUCCAAUUUGCGCCAGCAUCGUGAUUCUUUCCUCCAACACAAUCCCCUUGUAGAUGAGAACAGCCAGUACUUUGGCAUAUCGCUUGAUCGAGCGAUAGACCUCGCAUCGGCCAAGAUCUCCAUCUUUGGCACCACAUCUUCUGACCAGAUGCUUCAGUACGGCCGGAUUCCCGUGGUGGUGGCCAAGUGCGGGGUGUAUUUAAAGACUAAUGGCCUCAAGGUAGAGGGUAUUUUCCGCGUUGGAGGCUCAUCUCGUCGACUCAAAGAACUACAAUUGGUGUUCAACACCCCUCCUGAAUUUGGCAAGAAACUCUCAUGGGACGGGUUCACCGUUCAUGAUGCUGCAUCUAUCCUUCGUCGCUAUUUGAAUGCACUUCCAGAGCCGCUCAUACCGUUGGAUCUCUACGAAAAGUUUCGUGAUCCGUUACGAAAUCGGCCCCGGAUUGUCAAUUACAUGAAGUAUAAGGCUGAAAACCCAUACAAAAGUAUCAAGGAUAUUUCGACUUCCGUUGCAACCUCGGGAGUAGCAUCAUCAGAGCUGUUGGAUAAAUCUGAGCCGUUGACGGAGACGAACAUGGGUCGCUUCAAUCAACAACGUGAACCUAUAUAUACAUCAGACCCACGAUCACAAGAUUUCCCUGCCACAAAUGAUCAAACCAAAGAUUGUACAAAUGCAUCAUCAUCUGCACCUGACUGUGAUACUGAUAGCAAAGAACGAAGACACCGCAACUAUAAGAAACUCACGCGAGACGUUCAUGAUGCCAUCAAAGAUUAUAAGGAAAUGGUUGAUAUACUUCCUGACCUAUCAAAACAACUUCUUUUCUACAUUCUCGACUUAUUGGCAAUGGUGCAAAAUCACAGCGAUGUUAACUUGAUGUCUUCUCGUAAUCUUGCUGCGAUUUUCCAACCAUCGAUUCUUUCUCAUCCAAGCCAUGACAUGGAUCCCAUUGAAUAUGCACUUUCACAACUAGUGGUCGAAUUCUUGAUACAAUAUGCCUAUAAGUUGCUACCCUCACAUAACCCUGAUGGCCUGCGCCGGUCAUCCAAAGCUUUGCUGACUAUGGAUGCUGGCGAAGUUGGAUCACCAUUAAAACCUGCGUUCAAAAGGCAUCACAGCAAAUCACUUUCGUCAACCAAUAAUCAGGACGACUUUGUUGGAUACCAGAAUAACGUCAACUCAAAAGCACUUCCAAUAGUGGAUUCGGACCAUGAGUAUGACAUAUCUGACGACGAAGAAGAGACCCACACGCCAGGCACUGUUUCGGCAGCUGUGGCCAUUCCCGUGCCAUCUGCACCUGUGGCAAUACUGGUAUCACCACCAGGUGUGACCCCUCAUUAA